AUUGGGUAUUGCUGUGAGUUUUAUCAGACAGAUAUUCGGUAGAAAGCUGCAAAAAUGGCGGACGAUAUGGUCGUGAAACGGCCAAAGAAGCUUAUGUAUUCCUUACUGGCCGAAAUAGAAAUGGACGAAGAAUCUGUAGAAAUUGUAGAUAAAUAUAAAGACAGAAAAUUGACACCAAUGGAGCUUGAUCUCAAGUUACAUGCAGACCGAGUUAUGUAUGUACUGAACAGGACUCUUGCAAAACUGCAAGUGAUGGCACAUCUACCGAUGUUUCUGUACAACGAUGCGGAGCUUCUAAAGAAGUAUUCUAACAAAAAAGACCAGUACUUUAUUCUGCAGACAAUGAACUCCUUCGGUGCCAGCUUCGACCUCUCGAAGUACGAUCUCGCUUGCGCUGAAGAAUAUAUGAACAUCAACGAACUGAUGACACCAAACACCAAAUCCCAACGACAAAAAAAGUGCGUGAUGGACCAGCUGGAUUUGGAAUCUAAAACUGAUCCAGCGGUAGCAAAAAUGAUCGACGUCCUUUUCUACAACAAAUGCAUCGUUGCAGCCGCGCGGGCAGCCAAAACAAGCAAGAUUGAUAAGUUCUUGGCCCACUUUACCAACAUAUUGAAUGAAUUUAAAGAUAUAGUGAAAAAGAAACUUUAUGUCACCGGAGAUGAAGAAAACGCCAGAGACAAGGAGCUAAGGAGAACAUAUAAGACCAACCUUAUGCUUCUAGCAACAAUGGAGGAUCUACAAGAGAGAAUAGAGGCUCAGCGCAAAGAUCUGGGUGGACAAGUUAACCAAAAAGUUGAAGUGUUCGAAAUGUACAACAAGAAAAUGGAGGCAAUCAGGGAAGACUUUCUGAUGCAAAUGAAGAAGUUCAUGGUAGACAAUGAAAAAGCAAUGAUGAAGAAAGUGAACGAAAGUGAAGAAAACCAAAUAUGCUUAUCUGAAGAAGCAAGCCGACUGACGAAACAGUAUGAAACGUUAUUGGAGGAUCAUCUUAUUGAAGAGAAACAGGCUAGGUCAAGACGCUAUAAAAUGGAGACUCAACUUCAGAACUGGGUCGUAAAAUUCGAUCAAGAUAUUGGAGAAAAGCAAGCUGAAUUGGAUAGACUGCAAAAAGAAUACGAUGACAAGAAAGAGGAAAUGGACGGUUUGGAAGACCUGCUCGCAGAGCAAGAAGAAGAGUACACAACUCUAAUGAAAGAAAAGUACGAAGAGGAAGAAAGGAUCUUUAAUGAAAUGGCUUGGCAGUUCUUGAUCAAUAGAUCUGCUAGACGGAUCCAGCGCUACUGGAGAGCUCACAGGGAGAGAAAGCUUGCUAGGAAGAAGGGACGCAGAGGUAAAGGUAAAGGAACAAAAACUAAGCCCUCUCAGCGCUAAAAACUAAUAAGAAACUGAUUCAUUUCCUUAGGAAAGGACAAAAAGGAGAAAAAGACACCACCCAAAGAGAAGAUAACUGUGACGAGACAAGGUGAUGCAAACCUUGCACUAGCAUCAGACAAGAAGAUAAAGGGUCACGUGUUCGAUGAACUCCAGAACCCUGAUGCGAAAUUCGAGAAGAAUGUGACUGUCGACCCUACGGCAUAGUUCUGUAGUAGUUUCACUUUAGGUAACAUAGUGUUUUCCCCUUGUUAAAGCAUCUGCAACUACCAAUUUUCAAACGAUGCGACUUUGUUGGCUUUGAGUCGUAUUGAAAAAUUAAUUAUUUCGUAAUGCUUCUAAAAUCAAGUACCUAAAUUAUGCUCAAAUUUCUUCCACAUAAUCGGGAUUUUUUUUUUCACAAAGAGACUAUUGAAAUCGUAAUUAAUUUUCAACCGUCAGCAUAUGUCGAUAUAAUCCAUAACAAACGAUUACUAAUCAAAUAAAUGGUUGUUAUGUGUCUUGUCUAGACUUUAAAAUAGAUGAAUGGCAAUUUCUACGAGGAAUACACACACGUUACAAUGUGGUUAAAACAUAAUUGAAAUUAGCUCGGUAAAGAAACAAAGAUGUCCCAAAACAUAGCCAAAUUCUAUAAUGAAUGAAAACUCAGGAAACUGAACUAGUCUUCCUUAGCUCGGUAAAAAGUGCCUGAUCCUGCGGUAGGCAGAAAAACUUUUUGAAUUUUGAUUUUUUGUCAAGGUCUUGUAAAUGUAGAAAAAAGUUCGGAGUUUAAUAAAUAUGAUACAAAAGUUGGUUCUAUGACAUUUUCAUAUCUCUUAUGAAAUAAAGUCAAUUUUCGUAGAGCUGUGCUUAGUCCAUAAUGUAAAAAUGCGCAUAGCUGCGUACAAAAAAGCUUUGUGCUUGAUACAGAAAGUUGGCCGCUUGGUAUAUACAAAUGUUAUGGUUAUUUGAAAUAGUUUUGUCAGUUUUUAUACCUCAAAAUAUUAGCAACACUAUAAAAAAUAGUUGAUGCUGAAUCAAGGCAGAUGUUCUACCACUGCACCAAAAUAACUGACGGCUGCUAGCUUUCAAAAUGAGUAUUUGUGUUUCUGGGUGCAUUAUUGUGCAACUGACUGAAACCAGCGUGAUUCUUUUGCGUCUUUGCGGAUUCUUUUCGUUUUUACCUGUGC